AUGUUUCUCUCGCCGGAAUCUCUACUGCAACUCCUUCAACGUUUCAUCAAAAACUCCAGCCAAGUCAAGCAAAUUCAUUCCCUCCUCAUCAUCGGCGGUAAUCUCCUCCCUAACCCCAACUCAUCUACCUUCAAAUGGAAACCCACCUUACUCUACAACACUCUCAUCAGAGCUUACCUCAAUAUCCAUCUCCCUCACACUACCUUACUCCUUUUCACCCACAUGCUUUCCCAUAACAUCCCACCAAACCCCCAUACUUUCCCUUCACUAACCAAAGCUGCUGCUGCUUAUACAACUCCUUCCCUCAUCGCUAAACCCCUUUACACUCAAGCCCUCAAGCGCGGAGUAUUACCAGAUCCCUUUGUACAAACAUCAUUCAUUCAUUUGUAUGCUAAAAGCAACUGUCUUUCCUAUGCACAGAAGGUGUUCGACGAAAUGCCUGAACCAUGCCUUGUUUCCUGUAACGCUAUGCUUGAUGGGUUUUGCAAGAAUGGGGAUAUGAGUUCUGCUGUUUCCUUCUUCGAAUCAAUGCCAAUGAGGGAUGUCUAUUCCUGGACUACCAUCAUCAACGGGUACAGCAAGAAAGGAUGUUACGAGACUGCAAUUCGGUUUUUUCAAAGGUGUUUAAGAGAUUGUUCUGUGAAAGCUAAUGAAGCUACAUUCGUUAGUGUUCUUUCUGCUUGUGUUCAUUCUGUUACAUCUGGGAAGCAGAUACAUGGGUAUAUCAUCAAGAACGAGGAUCAUGUAAGUCCCUUUACUGGGACUUCACUGAUAUAUUUAUAUGGGAAAACAGGUCAUUUAGAUUACGCCACAAAAGUGUUUGAAAGUAUGUUGAAAAAGGAAACUUGUACAUGGAAUGCAAUGAUUUGUGCUCUAUCUUCACAUGGAAAAGAUAAACAGGGUUUAGAAAUGUUUGAUAAGAUGAAGAUCGAAGGGUAUCAUCCAAAUGAAGUUACUUUUGUUGGGAUUCUUGCUGCUUGUUCACAUGGCAACCUUAUAAAUUUAGGUUUAGAAUUAUUCAACUCAAUGUUGCCUCAAUUUGGUGUUGUUCCAAAAAUGGAACAUUAUGGAUGUGUGGUUGAUCUAUUGGGUAGAUCAGGGUUUUUGGCAGAAGCAAAAGAUUUCAUAAGUAGGAUGCCAUUUGAGCCUGAUGCCUCUGUUUUAGGUGCUCUUUUGGGUGCUUGUAAACUUCAUGGGGAUAUUGAUUUAGGAAAUGAGGUGGCUAAAAGGCUUCUUGAGGUAGACCCUCAACAAUGUGGUCAAUAUAUAGUUUUAUCGAGUAUUUAUGCUGAUGUUGAGAAUUGGGGUCAUGCUGCCUUUUUGAGGAAUGUUAUGGUUGGAGUAGGUGUUCAUAAACCUCCGGGUUAUAGUGUGGUUAACUCAAUGUAA